AACCACUCGACAACACCUGCAUCUAGAACUCGUUCGGGCGUUUGACCACUUUACACGCUACCAGACGCGACUUAUCCUUUGGAGAUAGUGCAUGAGAAACUUCAGCUUCAACUCGCCGCCAUGUUGGCUCUUCGAGACCAAGAGAACUUGAUAAACACCCACCAGACCGCCGCGGCCGCCAAGCCCUUGAAUCAAAGCAAGCAGCUGGCACCCAAGACUCCAGGCAAAGGACCACUCAAGGUACCGUUGAACGAUGAAAACAAUGCCAUAGUGUUUGGAAAGGGCACCGGAAAGGCCAAGGAGAAUGGAAAGCCAGGCAAGGACGCGUUUGUUACGCCGAUGGUGAAGAACCGCGCUCCUCUGGGUGCUAAAACAACCAAUCUCAAAACCAAGAACAACCAGACGCCUGCUCCAUUCGGUACCAUCAAGACAAACAGAAGACAGUCGACCGCCCAGAAAAAGAAGGCCGCUCCAGUGGUACACCAAGCCCAACCCAAGGUCCACAGGGACUCUACUGUUGAUGAUAUUCCCGACAUUGAAUAUAUGCCCCCUAAGCCCAGAGAUCUCCCGGAUCUUCCAGAUGACGUAACGUACGAUACAACAUUCCCUCAAUUUCGACCCAAAAACAGGGCCUUGGGCUUGGAGAGUGUGUACGGCAAGCAGCAAGUCGGCAGUGAUGGACUGACAGCGAAGCAACGCAAGUUCAAGGAGGAUUCAGCCAAGUGUGACAAGAUGGUGGAUGAGAUGAUUCUGAAGCAACUCGAGGGUGUUAGUUUCGAAGGCUCGGGCGACAGUGAGUCCGCAAAGGCAACUGGGCGGCAGACCACGCGCUCGAAGGCACCUUUUACUACCCGACAUAGUCGCAAUAUCUCUUCCCUUCGAUCUCGCGAGGCAGCUGCUGCCCUUGCAGCACCUCAGCCAACUGCGGCUCCUCGGGUGGCCCCGGCCCCUAAGCCACGUUUGGGACUGGGAUCGUCCCUGCUCAUGCCUAAGAGACAGACCAGAGCCCCGACCAAUCCCUCUUCCAUGCGCAACACUGCUGCCGCCGUCAACUCCAACACCACUGUUGGAUAUUCCAAGGGUAGGAGUGUUUCGUCCACCAUUCGAGAGAAGAAUGCCGAAGCACAAAAGACCUCAAGCUCUGAGGCUUUGUCUCCUGAAACCUACAUGCAGCUGUACGGACCGCCUCCGCUGGACUCAGAUAUGUGGACUCGCUGCAAAGCUGCUGGAUGCUUUGACACGCCAGCGGAGACUUCCCAGGAACUCGAAUCACUGCCGACUUUUGACGAGGAUGAGGAGGCCCAGAGUUUCCAGCUCACUCUGUAGGAGAUCUUGAGAUAAGAGAAAUUAUGCAACUUUACUACUGUAUGUUAUUGUCUUUUUAUCGGCGUGAAGCUCGGGGUCAAGCGACAAGCCGAAGGGUCUGGAAAUGAAUGUCACUGUAUGAGUUUCGAGCCGCGGAUCAUCAUGUUUCAGAAGUCUCCCGAGGUCCACUUAAUCAUCUGCCAAGGCACAGGGACCACGUAGACAGUACCGCACUGAGUACGGAGUGAAGGAUACACCGUUAAAUGAAG